CCUCAUUCAGUUCACAAUACACAAGUAACAGCUACGAGCUCCUGUCAAAGACACAACUACACCAGUGCAGCCUGCCUGCUGCAUCCAAGCUCCCAAAGUCUAAACCUGCCCUUUAUUCUGUAUCUGCUGUGGAUCUGGAAAACCUGAGAGUGUCACUCUGCAAGUGCAGGACAUCAGGACACUCUUGUAGCUUUGGAUUUAUUUAUACAACCAGCUGACAGAUGCCAGGAUAGGGGGACCUCUAUCAUACCAAUUUGCAUCACAAGAAAGACGACGCUGCAUCUGUAUGAUGGAAAUGAAAGAGGUUGACUCAAAGACAAGCCAAGGGCAUCUGAGAAACCUACAUUACAGAGUAUAGCACUAAAGAUGUCGGUGACCCAUAGCCCUUUUACUAGUAUCAGUACCAAUAUCACCGGUGAAGACUCGGACAAGAGAAACCCUUAUGUAGCACAAUGGAACAUUGCUCUUCUCACAAUCGUCUUCGGUUUCGCCACCUUUGGCAACUGCCUCGUCCUCUUCACUCUCCUGAGGCGACGGAAGCAUAAUGCCCUCAUGCACACCUUCAUGAUCCACCUCUGCCUGGCGGAUUUGGUGGUUGCUUUCUUCCAGGUUUUGCCACAGCUUAUCUGGGAUAUCAUUGACCGCUUUCAAGGCCCAGAUUUCCUCUGCCGGUCGGUUAGAUACUUCCAGGUAGUGGGGAUGUUUGCCUCUUCCUACAUGAUUGUGGCCAUGACGUUUGACCGGCAUCAAGCCAUCUGUCGGCCACUGAUGACUUUUAAAAAGGGAUCUGCCCGAUGGAACAUCCCCGUCUGCUUGGCUUGGGUGGCCUCUGCAAUCCUCAGUCUUCCACAGAUAUUUAUAUUCUCCAGAACAGAGGUCCACCCGGGGGUGUAUGACUGUUGGGGCAAUUUUGUGAAGCCGUGGGGUGUUAGGGCCUACGUGACUUGGAUAACACUGGCAGUCCUCAUCCUGCCUGCUAUGUUCAUUACAACGUGCCAAGUGCUGAUCUUCAGAGAGAUUCACCAUAGCCUGUACUUGGGGACAGAGCGGUCACCGGGGUCAAGGAGAAAAGGAAAGCUGAUUGGUGGUAUGAAUGGCAUGCCGCCAGUGUCAGACUCCGGGGUGACCAAUGCCAUGUCUAAGACUGUGAGGAUGACGCUCGCUAUUGUGCUCAUAUAUGUGGUAUGCUGGACUCCAUUUUUCAUUGCUCAGCUUUGGAACGUCUGGAACGAAGCCUCGGGAACCAGCCAUUCUGCUAUCCAGAUCCUCAUGAUUUUGGCUAGUUUAAACAGCUGUACCAACCCUUGGAUAUACACCAUCUUCAGCAGCAGCGUCUCCAAAGAUGUACAAGCCAUCUUGUGUUGUGGCUGUAGGACAAAACAACGCAAAAACUCUUUGCCUGAAGACUCUUGUUUCACUGGUUCCACUACCUUACCCAAGGAGUCUCUGUAUUGAGUACAGUUUGGCAGACAUUUUUGAUGGCAUUACUGUACCAUAAGUGACGUGUUAUAUGCACCCAGGCCAGGUAGGAAGCAUGUGGCGAAAAAUAAGGAGGACGGUGGGGAAAACAUCAUCUAUUCCCAACAAAUGGGUUCUCAUAUCGAUCUGAGAUAAAUGAAUAGAUUAUGAAUAGAUGUGUACGUGAUCACAACUUUUUCUUAUCUAUAAACAAUUUUUGUUUUAUUAUCAAGCUGCACCUUAUAUAUCCAUAACAUGAAGGAAACAGAUAUCUGUUAUACCACGGAGGAUGUGAGUGUGAAUAUGUCAUGUGUUAAAGGAAGAGUUAUUCUGAGGAAUGGCGUACUUAAAACUUUUCCAUGCAUAAAGAAAUAAAGGACUUGCCAUGGGUACAACUAAUAGCCCAACAAAGGACAACUGUUGCACCCCUUACUGUACUGUCCAAAGCAAAUUCAAUGAAGUGUUGCUGUAUGGAGAGCCCAAGAGCAAGAAUUCACAAUGAAUCUUCUAUUUCUACGAACAAUAUCAAAUAAUUUAUAGGAAUACAAUACAUGUCCACACUAUAUUCAUGUGAUACAUUGUGCAAGGGUGUUUCAUAGUUUUAAAGCUACUGUCUUAUAAUGUAAAACAAAAAAUCGCUGUCAACUUUCCUGUAAUAUAUAUAUAGAGACUGACAUAUUACUGAUUGCUAUUUAUUUGGAGCAGGAUUAUCGCUCUGUAACUAUUCACCCAUUUGUGAUUUUCUGAGAUAUAUAUGAAUUUACUGAGUAAAGAAUGUACUAAGCUCACAAAUAAUGUUUUAUUUUCAUCACAAGUUGUUAAUUAUUCUACACAGUGUAUAGUUAAUGGAAUCUCUAUGAUCUGUGCCGUCUACAGCAGGGCUAUCGUGUAUAGAAUAAAUUACUUUUAAUUAGGCUGCUUUGAUCACUGUUUGCUGCCAGAGAGGCAUGUACCACAGUAAGGAAAUCUCUGGCUGUCAGGAUGUUAAGGGGGAUUAUAUAUUUAACCUUUAUUAAGGUGCCAUAUUAACCGAACUAACAGAUGUCUGCCUUCUGCCCCAAAUAUGUGAAUCCCUAUAGAAGGCUGGGGAAGUUGUACUCAAUGUACAGAUUCUGUUUUGUUAAAUGUACAUAGUGGAUAACUCAUUGACAUGGUUGUCAUGUAAAAUUACUUGCCUGUUGUGCGCCAGUGAAUAGAUUCUCACAUAUGCAUCAGUGCACUUAUUUUGGGAGAGAACCAAACACUGUCUCAUAAAACAUGAUUGAUUGAGCGGAACUUGUUAAAAAAAUAAAAAAAUAAAAAAAAUUAAUCUUAGCAUAUGGAUUCCUCCUGAAAUGGACAAUAGAACCGGGCACUUAUAGUACAUAUCUAUAAAGAGACAAGAACUAACAAUAAUGAACAAUAAGAAGCACAUUUGAGAAUCCUAAUAUUAUAAUGCUGUGAUCAUUAUAUAAAUAAUAUUAUAAGUGGACCUUGUCGCUAUGUUUUAUUUUUUUCCUCAUUGAAUAUAGACAUUUAAAUUCAUGUAGUCUCCUGUAAUCCUUUCCUUAGUUAAUGGUUUGCUGUUAUCAACAAAUCUCCUCUUGUGCUUUCCAUUUUCGGAGUAACCUUUCCCCAGCUCCAGUGGUGCUUCGGGGAACUCACUGAUCGCAGGUUAUGCCAUUUGUCACCGUACAGUACGAACAGAAGUGAGAUAAUAACAGUCAGCUAUACAAAGAGGAGUCGUUUUGCCUUCUGGAUCAUUAUUCGUGUUAUUUACGGCCGCUGUAGCUUUUACCAAGAGGCCAGGAAAUCUCCGUCUUCCAACGUAGAGCCUGGCCACAGCACUCCCACAAAAUGGAGGCGACACACCUUCGUUUUAGGAAAUGGAGGCGGCCCUCGCCGACCCCCUCUCUGCCCCCAAAUGACUGCAUACUGUCAGUGACUUGCAGUCUGCAUACACUCUGCUUCCAAUGAUGCACAGUGCGGAUCCUGCAUAUGCGCAAAGUGCAGAAGAUCGGUAUUUUGCGACAGGUGCAUCAGCAACAUCGGGAUCUGAAUCAGGUCAGUAGUGCUUUGGAAGGGGAAUCUGAUGUUGCCUGAGCGCAUCUCAUACACAGCGGAGGAGAGUUUCUGCAGGUCUGUAUUAGCCACCCAAGUGGCCAUAUUUACAUUUCCUCCUGGAAUUUGCAGAUGCAAUCAGUUAACAAUGGAGGCUUCAGGAGAGUUUAAUGUGACUCGAGGCACAGGACAAUAGAGGCACUGUGCCUCUAUUUGCAAGAGGACGAUGUUUUCAGUCUGCGUAGUCCUGUUGGUUACGUACACAGACGCAGAUCGAAAAAAUCUCAUUGGUCCUUUUUCUUGCAAGCUAACUUGCAAGCUAACUUGCUCUUACAAACUUGCAAGUAAAAAUCUAUUUAUCAAAAAUGCUAUGGUCUAUUAAUAUUAUUAUAUAGGAAUACACAUCAUGUGUUUGACAAGCUCUGGACUGUCUAAAUAAUGCGCUAUAUUCUUAGUCAUGACAGUUUUUCAGCAUUGUACAGGUUGAGUAUCCCUUAUGCAAAAUGCUUGGGACCAGAGGUAUUUUGGAUAUCGGAUUUUUCCGUAUUUUGGAAUAAUUAGAUACCAUAAUGAGAUGUCAUGGUGAUGGGACCUAAAUCUAAGCACAGAAUGCAUUUAUGUUACAUAUACACCUUAUACACACAGCCUGAAGGUCAUUUUAGCCAAUAUUUUUUGUAACAUUGUGCAUUAAACAAAGUGUGUCUACAUUUACACAAUUCAUUUAUGUUUCAUAUACACCUUAUAUACACUGCCUGAAGGUCAAUUAAUACAAUAUUAUUAAUAAUUUUGUGUAUUAAAUAAAGUUUGUGUACAUUAAGCUAUCAAAAAACAAAGGUUUCACUAUCUCACUCUCACUCAAAAAAGUCCGUAUUUCGGAAUAUUCCGUAUUUCGGAAUAUUUGGAUAUGGGAUACUCAACCUGUAAUGGAAUUGUGUAUGCUGCUUCUCUUCAAUGGUUACUUAUGCCUUUUGUAUACUUCAUAUGUGAUACAUCCAGAUAAAUACAUUCUUUUGGACAGUAAUAUAUUUAUGUAUUGUAAAACGUGCACUAAUGAGAUAAAUAUAUAAGCCUGAAAUGUUUGUAAUGUUUAUAUUUAACUAAAUCUAGCUCAGGAAGUUGACAUAACGUCCAUCACUUUGGACAAUAUAGAUUCCUGAGUUAUUGACUUGUAAGAUUCUAGGUAAGAGCAAUAGAGUGUACGGAUAGGCGGCUUCAAACACGGGGUUAUAGUCACUGUUUUCACAGCAAUAUUGAAGAGGAAUAACUGACAGGUUGUGCUUUACCAUUUCAGCUUUUUGGCUUACAUGAGCGGUGUUCUGUUGAAUGAGUGAUUUAAGAUGCUUAUGCUGGAUGGUUGAAUAGGAAAAUUUAGACAGGCUGGUUUUCCAUUAUGCACCAAAUGUGAAUAUUUCUAUUUUUAUUUCUUCAUUAUCACUUUUUUUGGGGGGGAGGGGGGGGUGAUUUUG